AUGCUUUCAGAAAAGGGCGAUCGCCCCCUCUUGCGUCAUAAAUCUACUACACAAUGCAAUGUUUUAGCUGUAUUUCCAUUAAUGAUGUAUGUGUAUAAAAAUGUUGCAACAUCAUUGGUAAAAACUAGUAUUCCUUCAAUUCUACCAAAUUUAACAGAAUUUCCUGAUAUUAAUACACAAUGUAUUCCUAAACCAGGAAAUUCAACUGCAGAUACUUUAUCCGAGCUUCGUGGAAUGAUUAAAUGGUAUGUUAUAUUAGGCUGUAUUAGUGUUCUUUGUUACUGGAUUGGUUUUUCAUUAUGGAUGAUUGCGGCUGAACGUCAAGUUCGACGCAUAAGAUUUGCAUUAUUUCGUUCAAUUCUGAAUCAAGAAAUGGGUUGGUUUGAUAAACUAAAUCCUGGUGAACUUAGCAAUCGUUUAGUAGCAGAUUUAGACAAACUUCGUGAUGGUUUAGGAGAUAAAAAAGCUGAGUUCAUUAGUUUAAUCUGUCGAUUAUUCGGUGGUCUUAUAUUUGCUUUUAUUACAGGAUGGAAAUUAACAUUAGUGUUUUUAUCACUUAGUCCGUUGACUAUUAUUGCAUUCAAUAUUACUAUGAGAGUUAUUACAAAAUAUACAGUUAAAGAAAUAAAAGCAUUUUCAAAAGCAAGUGCCGUAGCACAAGAGGUUCUUGGUUCAAUUAGAACUGUAACAGCUUUCAGUGGACAAAAAAAAGAAGAAGAAAGAUUUUCAGAGAAUUUACUUGAAGCAAAGCAAAUUGGUAUAAAAAAAGGUCUUUAUAUGGGUAUAUGUCAAGGAGCUGCUCAAGUAGCAAUUUAUGUAUCAUUUGCAAUUACAUUUUGGUAUGGACCAUAUCUUGUACGAACUGAAUGUGAUAACUAUGAUGCUGGAUCUGUGAUCGUUAUUUUUAUUUCAUGUUUACAAUCAACAUUUAGUAUUUCUCAAAUAGUACCAAAUAUUCAAGCAUUUGCUGAAGCAUCUGGUAGUGGUGGUUAUGUAUUUGAUAUUAUAUCAAGAAUAUCUAAAAUUAAUGCAUUUAAAAAUGAAGGUGAAGUGCUGUCGAGCAUUGUUGGUGAUAUUGAACUUCAAAAUGUUACAUUCACAUACCCUGCUCGAGAAGACACACCAAUUUUAAAACAUGUUUCUAUGAAAAUUCCAUCGGGUAAAACACUUGCUUUAGUUGGAGCAUCAGGAUGUGGAAAAAGUACAACAGUUCAAUUAAUCCAACGAUUUUAUGAUCCAGAUCAAGGUCAAAUUUUACUUGAUGGAAAAGAUAUUAAAAAAUUGAAUGUUGCAUGGCUUCGUUCACAUAUUGGUAUUGUUAGUCAAGAACCUGUUCUUUUUACUGGAUCAAUUGAAGAAAAUAUUCGUUUUGGAAAACAGGAUGCAACUGAUGAAGAAGUUCAAGUUGCUGCUAAAAUGGCUAAUGCACAUGAUUUUAUUAUGGGACUUCCAGAAAAGUAUAAGACAACAUCGGGUAAUAAAUUAAGUGGUGGUCAAAAACAACGAGUGGCUAUUGCUCGAGCAUUGGUUUCGAAUCCAAAGAUUCUUCUUUUAGAUGAAGCAACAAGUGCACUUGAUAAUACAAGUGAACGUGUUGUACAAGAUGCACUAGAUAAAGCAAAAAUGGGUCGAACAACAAUUGUAAUUGCUCAUCGUUUAAGUACAAUACGAAAUGCUGAUUUAAUCGUAGCAUUAGACAAAGGCGAAGUUAUGGAAUAUGGGACUCAUAAUGUAUUGAUGGAUAAUAAAGGUCUUUAUUAUGAAUUAGUAAUAGCACAACAACGUAAAGAAAAACAUGAAGACGAUGAUUCAUCCGAUGAAGAUCAACCGGUAGAAAUACCUGAUAAAAAUGCUUUACUUCGUCGGCGUACGAUAUCAUUUGGUUCAGUACAAUCAGUACCAUCUGACAUUCCUGAUAUUUAUGAAACGGAUGAUAAAACAAUUGAAAUAAAAAAUAGAAAAUUUUGUCAUAAACUAUUUAUUUUUAAAAUUCUUAAACUUAAUUUACCAGAAUUAAACUGGAUUAUACUCGGAUGUGCAACAUCAAUUCUAUUCGGUGCUAUUUCACCGCAUGGUCUAAAAGAAAUGUUGAAAUAUAGGGAUAAAAGUUUGGAUCCAGCUCCCCUUCCUCCACAGACCGUAACAGACGCUGGAGAAAGAUCAUCACAGAGUGUGACAGUCUUAUUUGCAUUAUUUUUCUCAGAAAUUUAUGGAUUAUUUGCUGAACCAGAUGUUGUAAAAGCCAAUGAGCAAACACGUAAUUAUGCAUUAAUUAUAUUUUUUAUUGGAGUUGGUGGUGGUGUAUGUCAAUGUCUAAGUAGUAUUUCAUUUUCCAAAAGUGGUGAAGCACUAACAAUGCGCAUGCGUAUUAUAUCAUUUGCAUCAAUGCUUAGACAAGAAAUAGCUUGGUUUGAUAGGGAAGAAAAUAGCCUCGGUGCUUUAGUAACUCAACUAUCAUCAGAUACAUCAAAUUUAAAAGGUUUAUCUGGAGUUCGAAUGGGUAUUAUUUUUAAUGCAGUAGGGGCAGUUGUAUGUGCAUUGACAAUAGCUUUUCAAGCUGGAUGGAAAUUGAGUUUUAUUGUUUUAUUAUUUGUACCAUUAAUGGUUUUUUCGGGUAUUUUACAAGGAAAACGAAUGAGCAAUACAAAAAAGACUACUGAAAAAAAAAGUGGUCGUUUAUCUUGGGCAGAAAAAGGAGGAACGUUUGCAACAGAAGCAAUUGAUAGUAUUCGAACUGUUGUUGGAUUGCAUCAAGAAGAAUAUUUUAUUGCUCAUUAUGAAGAUUGUUUUAAUAAUGAGUUUAAACAAUCAAUAUUGAAAAUACAAAUACAGUCAGUCGGAACAGGUCUCGCUAAUUCAAUAAUGUUUUUUAUUCAUGCUGCUGCAUUUGGAUAUGGAAGUGUUUUAGUUGAAAAUGGAGAAAUGACAGCUCCUCUUGUAUUUCGAGUUUUUUCAGUAAUUACAUUUGGUGCAAUGAGUGUAGGACGAUCAACGGCUAUGAUACCUGAUUAUGCAAAAGGAAAAGAAAGUGCUAUUCGAAUAUUAAAAUUAAAUAAUCGUCAAUCAAAUAUUGAUCCUCAAGACACGAAUGGAAUUGUAUUAAAUGAUAUAAAAGGAAAUAUUCAAUUCGAAAAAGUUAAAUUUGUAUAUCCAUCACGACCGAAAUUACGUGUUUUAAAAGAUUUUAAUUUAUCGGCAAAUGCUGCUGAAACAACAGCACUUUGUGGACCAAGUGGUUCAGGAAAAAGUACAUGUGUUGCACUUCUUCUUCGAUUUUAUGAUCCAUAUGAAGGUCAUGUUUUACUUGAUGGACAUGAUAUUCAAGAAUUUAGUUUACCAUGGUUACGAUCACAACUUGGAUUUGUUCAACAAGAACCCGUUUUAUUUAAUUUGAGUAUUCGUGAUAACAUAGCAUAUGGUGAUAAUACAAGAAAAGUUACACAAGAAGAAAUUGAACAAGCAGCAAAAAAGGCUAAUAUUCAUGAUUCGAUUAUUGCAUUUCCUGAGGGUUAUGAUACAAUGUGUGGUGCAAAAGGUGGUCAAAUAAGUGGUGGUCAAAAACAACGCAUUGCUAUAGCACGUGCACUUGUACGUGAUCCUAAAAUUCUUCUUCUUGAUGAAGCAACAUCAGCAUUAGAUAUUCGUAGUGAAAGAGUUGUUCAAGCAGCUUUAGAAGUAGCACGAAAUGGUCGCACAUGUUUGACUAUUGCACAUCGUUUAGCAACAAUAAGAAACUCGGAAAAAAUCGUUGUUGUUGAUCGUGGACGAAUUAAAGAAAGCGGUACACACGACGAACUUAUGGAACAAAGAGGAAUCUUUUAUAAAUUAAAUAUGGCUCAGGAACGCGAUGAUGAAUAA